AUGGAGAGCAAAUUUCAACGAAAACAACAUCCGACCAUAAGGGCUUCUGAGCUUAUCGGUGUACGAGAGUUCACAGCCAGCUGGACAUCAAAUCUGGACAAUGACUUAGAUCUUGGGCGUGAAGGUGCCGAAAAUGAACGACUGAAGAGAGCAAUGAAUGUUCCUGAUGAAACGUUCGAAGAGCUCUCGGCAGUUUGCAGCCCUGAGACACUUGUGACAAAGCUUUCUGUGGAUUUGGAAACCAAAGACAGACUUUAUCAGUCAUUUCCGAAAGAAGUGGAUUUAUCAGCUGUGAGGUUACAAAAAGUGGAUGUUGAAAAAAGGAAAGCUCACAUAGAGUAUCAUAAAGCCCGCAUGAGAAGAAUGAAGUACAAAUGUAGAGACCAGCUGUUGUGGAAGGAACAAGAGGAGAACUGUCCACCAGAGUUCUAUGUGCCACCUAACACAGCGGUUCUCACUGUGAGGAUUUACCAGCCCUUCACUGAACCCCUGAAGAAAAAAUCCACAGUAAGUGAUUAGAUUCAACAUGCC